CCCUUUGUUUACAAACUCAACCACGCAUCAAACAAGAGUCAGUUGCCAAGUACUGUCACAAGGUUUCAACCUUUCCGCACAUCAUCGCACAACAUGAACCCAACGACGCCAGUGCUCAACGGAAGGUCAGGUCCCUUUCGAAAGAUUCUGCCCAAGCCCCCGCAAACCGGGACGACGUCGCCAGCGCUCAAGAAGAAGCCCGGUCGUCCUAAGAAAGAAAAACCCUCUCACCCCAUGGCGGAUCCGACUCUGCCAUCAGGUAGCAAGAGGAAGCGGGGUCGCCCCAGCACGGCAGAUGCUGAGCCACCGGCCCCGAAGAAAGCUCGAGGUCGCCCACCAAAAGCAGUCGCCGGUCCGUCUCAGGACAGCUCUCAAGACACCUCCGCCUUCCAAGUGCUGCAAGGUAACAGCACUCUACCUUCCCCGCCUGAAUCCGCGCCAGCGCCGCAGCCAUUGCCAUCUGAAGGCUCUCGCGACUAUGUCAGGCUCUGCGAUCUUGAAAACGGGUUGGCUCUCCAACCAGCAAAGUCUCGAGCGCGUUCCGUAGUCAAGUCCAACAGCGUGGACAGCGAUACUGGUCGCGCAAGUUCAACCAAGAGCACGUGGGAGAUCGCGAUGAAAGAGCGUGAAGACCAUCUUCGCUCGCUGCCGGAGGGCAUUUUCGAGUGCGCCCCGCUUUCGCCACAACUUGCUGGAUCAUGGGAGGUGCAGAGUGUGGGAGAUCCUGCUGAGGAGGAAGAGACUAGUCGGUACUUUCCGCCAGGCUAUAUGAUUGCUACGGAUUUGUCUGUCGACGAAGUGCCAGAUUCGUUCACCGCAAUCUUCGAAGACAUAUUCGAAGACUACAAGGUCUAGAUCACGAAC